GGAAAGGGGCUGACUCGGAAAGAACAUCUCAAGUAUCGCGUACAGUUUGUCGUUCAGGGUUGUCCCCGCCUGGUAUUGCCAUAGCUUCCAUUCCUGCCAAGAAGUAGCAUGAGCAGCUGGAAAGGGCGCAGGAAACGAGUCGAACUUUAUUAUGCAGUAAAUUCCAGCACUCUAAACGAAUGAAAGUUCCAAUAGUUCGGUUCUAGUGAGUUUGGCCAAGACAGCUCACAAAUCGGAAUCCCUAACGACAGACAAGUUAUGUGGGCCUCACUCACCUACACCGCUGCCUGGGAACCCAAAUCCCACUGCACUUGCUCCGGGGGCCGCCGGCGAUCGCCCCCUUUAAGAGCUUGCUCCGCGGGACUGAUGUUUGAACCGGCCCUGGCGCCCCUCCUCCGCCUCCGAUUGGCCGGGGGCGGCGCACGAGGCGCAUCGGCCCGCCCAGAACGGUUGGCGGCGCUUUGUGAUUGGCGUUCGAGGAGUCUAUAUAAGGUGCGGUGUGGGCUGCCUCCGCUCAGUUUAGCCACCGGCCCGGACCAGGUCUGUUGUCUGAGGCAGAGGCGCCGCGGGGACUACGCGUCACCAGGUCUUUUCUCCACCGAGCUUUCAAGCCGCCGGGGGUGCACCCCAGAGGCGAACCCGUUCCCGCCCCACUCUCCUCUCGCAGCUUCGGAACGCGAGCCGGCGUUCACCCCCAUCGUCUGGGCGCCACUCUCGAGAAGCGGAGGCAGGAUGGAGUUCAAGCUGGAGGCUCACCGCAUCGUCAGCAUCUCCCUCGGCAAGAUCUACAACUCGCGGGUCCAGCGCGGCGGCAUCAAGCUGCACAAGAACCUCUUGGUGUCGUUGGUGUUGCGCAGCGCCCGCCAGGUCUACCUGAGUGACCCAUGUCCUGGCCUCUACUUGGCCGGCCCUACGGGUACCCCGGCGGUGCCACCGCCUCAGCAGCCCGUAGAGCCGGUGGCCGGGCCACCCUCCGGCUGGGGAGAGCCGCCCCCGCCGGCCGGCCGCGCCGCCUGGCCGGAUCCCGAGCCGCAACCUCAGCGCCCCUCGGUGUGCCACACGCCGGGAGCGGGAAGCUCAGAGCCCGUGGCCACAGUGGCCGGCGCGGGGGACGCCCUCCGGGGCGGAGAGGUGGACUCGGCGGCAGCUGCUUGGAGCCGCGUGGAGCGUCCGCGCGCGGCGGCUUCGGGAGGCGGCUCGGACACGUGUCCCGAGGGGCCCCGGGCAGCGCGCCGCCCGUGCGGCUGUCCCCCAGCCCGGGAGGAGCAGUCCUCCGAGGACGGUUCUCCCGCGCCACCCGCCCCGUGUCCCAGGAAGCGCGGCGCAGCGGGAGUGGGUGGUGGCCGCGCUGGCUGCCCGGCGCCCGGCUCGACCCCUCUUAAGAAGCCGCGCCGGAGUUCGGAGGAGCAGCCGAGCACCGGCGAGGAGGACACCGACGAGGAGAUGGAGACCGGGAACGUGGCAAACCUCAUCAGCAUCUUCGGGUCUAGCUUCUCGGGACUCCUACGGAAAAGCCCUGCGGGCGGCCGGGAGGAAGAGGAGGCGGGGGAGAACGGCCCGGAAGCCGCCGAGCCCGGGCAGAUCUGCUGCGACAAGCCGGUGCUGAGAGACAUGAGCCCCUGGAGCACAGCCAUCGUGGCCUUCUGAGUCCCCGGGGCCCGAGCGGCUGGAGCUGGAGCAGCGGGCGUCCCCGAAAGUGCGGCCGUGGCCUUUCCCGGCCUCGAGGACGAGCCGAGACCGUAGGCGCUGGGCGCGUAGGGGGAGACUGGUUGCUGCCGGGCAGCACAUCGCCCCGGACGGGGCAGCCCGGCUGAGCCGUGGCUCUCGAGUCUCACGCAGAGACCUAGAGUUGGAGGCUUAUUGGAAGAGGACGAUCGAUCGUUAACUUUUGUGUCUCUCUCUAUGUGUGUGUGUGUGUGUGUGUGUGUGUGUCCAUGUGUAAGUUUGUCUUAUGUUGAGACUGUUCUGUGGUUCUGGAAUGCACCACCCCUUCCCCGGGGCUUGAGACUUUGGGGGCGCAGACAGGGACUUUCCUCUGCCAGCAGCACAGAAAAGGAAGCUGCUGAAAGGCUCGAGGCAGGGGAGUUCCCCGUUCGAUCUUGGGGGAGAGAGGGACUUUACACACUCUCAUGCAAGCUAGAACCUCAUCGGGGCGCGGAGUGGCGUUUCCUCACAGGAUUUCCUCAGACUAGAGGGAGUUCGUCUGGAGUAAAGACUUGUAUUAUUUUUCUCCCUCCCCACCUUUCUCUGGCACAGAAGAAGCGCUUCUACCCUGUGAUUACUCUGGGACAGCAGAACAUUAAGGGACCUUCAAUUCCCCAAAGGGGAAAAAAAAGCUUGAUGAACUUCACAGAAGAGUUCAAGCUUGGAAAUACGGAGUUUAUAGAGAAAAGAUAUAUUUUUAAAAGCUCUAGCUCAGAACUUACUACACAGUGCUUUUAAAAAAGUGUUUAAUGAAACAAAGUUUACAGACGAGCUCUAAGUGGAAGGACCUUAUGGUUUUGUAGAUACGGUGACUCCAGUCUUUGUUGUAUAAAGGUUGGGGGAGCUGAUAAGGUUUUUGUACAGUAUUUUCUCCUCCUCUGUAUUGAUUUUUGUAUAAAAAUGUAACUUUACGUGUCUGACACGUAUUAAAUAUUUUGAAGCAA